AUACCUGUCCACAACUCCAACAUGUUUACUUGUUGAAUCAGAUUCAUCAUUUAGCAUCGUUAGUAGUUCCGCUACUACUAUAAAACAAGUUGCGAUACGAAAUAAUCCUCAGUUCUAAAGCAAACGGUGUUCAGCGCGCUUAAAAAAUUAUGAAGAGCAACAACUUUAUACUAUUUUUUCUGGUCGGUGUUUUGUCGGCGUACGCAGAAAAAUUUAAAGUGACAAGAGAAUGGAAGUAUAUCAAUUUCACGUGGCCUACCGAGGAAGUUUACAGGGCGGCUGAAGCAAACGGGGCCUACAUACCGGAAAAUAACAUCAUCGCCGGGAUCAAGCACUUCGAUGACUAUUUUUACCUGUCGCUUCCUCGGAUGAAGAGUGGGGUUCCUGCUACUCUGGCGAGGAUUCCGGCAGGAAUGACACAGGACACUUCUCCGCUGUUGGAACCGUUUCCAUCCUGGGAAAUGAAUAAAUUGGACGAUUGCGAUUCGCUUCAAAACGUGCAGAACGUUGAAAUUGACCCGAAAGGACAAAUCUGGAUAAUAGACGGCGGUAGGACAGACACCCUUUUGAAUCCCGUUUCAAGGUGUCCUCCCAAACUGGUGAUUUUUGAUAUCAAGAAAAAUGCGACUACUACUGCGUACACUUUCCCUAAUAAUGUGGCAAACGCAAACCAUAGUUUUCUGUAUGAUAUUGUGGUGGAUGAUACCGACUCUGGAUAUGCCUAUAUCACGGACAAUAGCGGUACAGAUCCAGGUAUCGUUGUCUUUUCUGUAAAGGACCAUCAUUCUUGGAAGCUUCGACAUUCCCAAACCAUGAAGGCAGAUCCAACUGCGUCGGCCUUCAAAGUGAAUGGUGUCAUGAUCAAUGUUCCUCUCAAUAUCGCUGGCAUAGCACUUGGACCAAGAAUACACAAGAGUGCCAACAGAAUCAUUGUAGAUGAAGACAGAGAAGUAUUUUUCUGUCCUGUGUCAAGUUUACAUCUAUAUUCCAUCAAUACAACCGUCCUCCGGAACGAGAUGAAUAGCUUGAACGAUGGAGAGUACCAAGGUGAAGUGAAAGAUCUCGGUUUGAAGGCAUCACAAACUGUAGGUAUGACAAUGAAUAACAGAGGUAUUCUCUACUACACACUGCUGAGUACGAAUAGCAUUGCGAAGUGGGACACUCAUACACCUUUCCAGACCCGUCAAAGAAUCAUUGCCAGAGAUCCAAGAUUCUUGGAGUGGCCGAAUUCCUUCUCCUUCGAUCAGAGUGGAAAUAUAACUGUACUUGUCAACAGGCUCAACAGAUUCAUCUACGAUAAACUGAACUUGAACGAACCAAACUUCAGACUCAUAACUGCUUACGUUGGAGGCAAAAGCUACAUGUACGAUCAAGGAUAUGACUAUACCGUCGACCCCAAUGCCACCGUCACAACUACAACGGAGAACGCCGAUUUACCACAACCGGAAAUUCUGCCUGGAUCAGAUAACGAUCCCUAUUUAAUUCCUCAGCCUUUACCAGAACGUAAAAGCGAAUCUGAACCCGCACCAGAAACAACGCCUGUACCUGAACCCGAACCUAAACCUGAACCCAACUCUGAGCCUGUACCCGAGCCAAAACCUGAACCCAACUCUGAGCCUGAACCUGAACCUAAGGCUGAACCGGAACCGACGGCAGAACCUGAACCAGAACCCAAAGGAGAGCAUGUGAAUCAGGAGCAAGCCAACCAUGAUGACAUGAGUACGGAUCACGAUCAUAUGAACCAUGAUAACACGAUGGAAGAUUCUAAGCCUGCGAAUCAAUCUUCCGUAUUGAUCCAGGAACCAGUCGCAGUGGAAUCGAGUUCGUCCAAGUUGGUUUGCACAUUGAUAGGAGUUUUCACUGCUUGUUUGCUGUUUGCAUUUUGACUGGGCCUAUUCAUAAAAUUUGAUACGAUUUGUUACAAAUAACGGUUUUGUUUUAUGCAAAACAUAUGUGGAACUAUGCUAAAGUACUGUUCAUACAAAGUUAUACGACAUCGGUCGAAGAAACAAUCGAAAUGAAAAAUCUUCAAAACAUAAUAGUUCUUAUAGUGGCAAAAUUGUUUUAUCCAUAUUAGAAAUGAAUGAAAAUGAUUUUUUUUUGUUUGUUCGGAGUGGAAUGUUUGAAAGUCGAAUAUUUUGAGUUUCACAAAUCUUCAUUGAAACAAUAAUUGUAGAAAAAUUGUAUUUUCUCUCCUUGAGAUGUGUAAUAUAGAAUUAAUUGUACAUAGGCAAGAUAAAACAAAACAUUGUGAUAAAUAAUAAAUUGAUAUAUUUGACUAGCGAUAAUAUCGUGACUAGGGAAUGUGUUAAGGUUUUUUUAGAAUUUAUUAGGUACCCUCAGAUAGCAUUUUGAUUUAAAGAUUAUUUGGUAUUUUGAUUUUUUUAAGAAUUAUACCAUUGUUUUUCACCAUGAAUCUCAAUUAUAUAAUGACAUACCUAUCGGACCGUAUCUUACUCUAUUUUUGCAUACAUUGACUAGAGCGAGCACUUUUUCGCAAAGUAAUCAUUUCUCAUGUAACCUAAAUGCUUUAUAAUUUCCUAUCGAGAAGUUUCAGAAUUUCUAUUGAAUCAUAAACUUGUUUCAUGAGGUUUUUCUCUAUGAAAUAUAUUUUGUUCAAUUAGUCAAACAACGGUUGGCAAUUGACUUUUGACGGUUGGGACAUUGACUUUUGUUUUGACAACUUUAACUUUUUGAGAGUUACCUACCUGCUUAUUUUUCGAUGCAUUUCGCUAUUUCCUUCUACCCUGCAUUCUUGUAUGAUUUUUUGUACAUUUAGAAUACAUUCGACACAUGCUCUAUCUUCAAACAAGUUUCUCUUAACACACAUAAGAAUUUUAUGAGAUUAAUUCAAACAAACUCCCCUUCAUUUUUUUGCUGACAAAUUAGCCAACAAACAGUCGAUAUUCAUUUUGUAGAGUUUUGUCUUGAUGACAGUUAUCCAUUUUUAUAUUGAAGAAAUCCCCAAUAACUGAACGAAUGUGGUAUUUUUCACAUAAUUUAUCUUUUCCUUUUCCUUUUCUUUGUGGUACAUUCAUGUACGCCAAAUAUCUGAAAAUACCAAAAAUAGCAUUUAGUGCCAUAAAAUAGUGUCUUGUGAAAAUUCCACCAUUUUUGAUGAUGUAUGUAGUAACUGAUGUAAAUUGUACAUAUGAAUAGGUCUUUCAGAAAGAUGAUACUUUGGGUCCAAAUAGAGAUGUUGGUUUUUAAUAGUUCCGAAUUCAAGAACAAUAUUGCUUUGGGGAUAUUAUUCUUCAACUCAACCACGUUUAAUUAUAUUUCAAUGUGUUCAUUAUGCGAUUGUUAUUACACUACAGAAGAUGUAUGAAUGCAUAAAUGACAAUUUUUGGCCUUCUGAAGAAGAGGUUUCAAAAUCAUUUGUUACAUAUUGAAAAAUUGGUAAUAUAAUUCGUGUAAUAAUGUACUAUGCGCCCCAGAAUUAGCAGAAAUUAUUUCAUGUUUUUCAAUGCUUUUCAAUGUUCACGAAAUUGUAUU